UUAAAGUUUGGGAUUUUUGGUGCCGUGGCAACCGCCCCCCACCAGGCUAUACCUGUCUAGGGGGCGUGGCCUUAAUGUCCGCAAUUAGCUUUUCAUUCAGUCAACACGCACUUGUCGUAAAGUCCAUUGAACCUGGUCCAAAUUGAUUUUCGUUUGGGCAGGCCGGGCAAAAGUAAUACAGUUGUAACUACAAAAAAUAAUAAUAUUUAAUCUAUACCUUCAUUGCUCUAUAAGAAAUCGUACGAAAAAGUAUGCCAUUGCCAAUUAAACUAAAUAUUCGCCGGGUGGUCAUCAGUAUUUUGGCGACAUGGAAUAUUUUGGGGGGCUUUGGGUUCUACGCCUAUGUCCUGGACUCCUAUGUAAAUUAUCCCGAAAACCACGAAAGACGUCGGUUCAAAUAUCACUUAUUUGAGGGGCGAAUUAACGAUGAAGUUGUGAUUGGAAUAUCAGUGGUAAUGCUUUGUCAGAUACUAUCAACUGUGUUUCUGGUUUUUGCAUUUGAUGAGUCAAGGAAUAUGUUUCUGAUCUAUGGAAUAGUUUUCUGUUUACCUUUUGCCUUUUCAAGCCUGCCUGUAUGGCCAAUAGCUGUCACUCAUGUUUCUCUGGCUCUGAUGACCCUGAGUUUCUAUUUUAGCUGACAAAAUGGAAAAAAUUCUAUGUUUUUUUUUUAAUAAAUGUAUUUUUUUCAAUGCCUAAAAGAUUGUCAUAUGUUUUCUUUGAUUCUAAAAUGAUUUUGAAUAGUAACAUUAUUUCUUAAAAUUAAAAAUUUCCUAAAACUAUUCUUUAAAUAGUAUUUUCGUAAUUUUUUCUAAACAUUUUUAGUUAUAUGAGUUGCAAUUCUUCCAAGUUUCAUAUGAGUUUCUCUUCAGCCUAAAAAUAUGCCACGUUU